CAAGCUACCCAUACCAGGAAUAAGAAGAAGAGGUUGUUGCUUGCCAACCAUCAGACAAUUGAAGAAGAAGAAGAACAAGCAGGAGCAAAACUAACAGGAAAACGACUCUUGCUAGGAAACAUGUUUGAAAACUUAAGAGAAAGAUUUCAGAUGGUCCAACGGGAUUUUACGAUGGGCUUCAAGACCCUUGGGGACAAGUCAAAGGACACCAAAAUCAAGAGGAGGCACAGGUCUGAGGAAACCCUCCCUCAUUUCGGUGCUGGAGUGGAAAUCCUUAGCAGGUAUGAGGAAAGUUGGUUUCUGCUUCACAAACAAACUAAGGACUGUGCUCAGGCUGCAGAGGUUGCAUAUGGGGACAUAGUGAUGCUCACUGCACACUGGGACAGGAGAGGAGCAGCUCUGACACAACUUCAGGAACAACUGCAAAGUUUGCCAGCUUUUGUAAUUGAACUCAAUGCCAUCACUGCUAAGAUUGCACAUUUGGAAGGUGACUUUGAAGAGAUGGAAAGCAGACUGGUUUACCUGGAGACUAUGUGCUGCCAGUGUGAACAAGGCACAUUAAAACAACAGCACACAAGGCACCUUGAAGUCUAUAAGAAAAAGAAGAGGAACGAGGUGGAGAUGUUUGAAGCAGAGUUAAAUUCUGAGCAUGCUCAGAAGGUAGCAGAGCUGGAGCAGGCCAUGACAAAACAAUUAAGGGAACGACAAAAACUCUAUGAAGAAGCCUUUAAACAAGACAUGCAGCAGUAUCUGACCACUGGAUAUCUACUGCACAGAAAGCCCACAGGUUCUGGCAUAUAUGCUUUAGAUCAGAUGUUGGUAACUAAUAUAUUGGACCACAAGGCUUUGGAUGACUUCCUCAACUCCACCAGUGAUGGCACUGAAUCUUCACCAACCUCAGGUCCAGACCUUAAGUCCUGUUCUUCUAAGUCUUCAACAAGCCAAAUGAACCAAGUUCUUUCCAGAAAUGACCAUCUGUCCAACCAAAGCACAGGGGAUUGGAGGCAAAAAGAGGAAGCAGCCAAUAAGAAUGACGAUUAUCUAGUGCAAUCAGAUGAGGAGGUCAUUGAGCCUGACGUAUCACUACUUGGUCUACAGGACAUUGACACCACAAGGCACUCUGAUGAGAGUGAUUCUGCAGGGGAACUGCCUUCUGGGUGACUUGGACACACAAUCCUGAACCACUAACUACUCUUACUCUAAGAAAAGCCCAGCCUGAGGUUAAUGAUUGCAUAUAAAAAAGAUGUCUGCAACACAAAUGUAGAAUUUGUAUGGUUUCUAUUUGUGCUGUGACAAAAUGUGUUGAAUAAGAUUAACAUAUAGCCAAAUUUUACUUAAGCUAUGAUCAGUGAUAGUAUGUUUAAAAAGCUAAAGCUGUCAGUCUUAAGUAGGUUUUUUCUAUAAUCCUAUACUGCAGUUAUUCCUGUGGACAAAUCUACAUGUGAUAAGUGACAACACACUUGUGUCAUCAGGUUUUUGAUUCACUGGACUUUGUAUUGUAGCUUUGCGAAGGGGACAUUUUAAUUAUUAUUUACAAAGACCAUCAAUUAAUAAUUGUAUAAUAAUAAUAUCUAAAUCAUGUUUACUGAACAUUGUUGGGCUAAAUAUAGAUAAUAAACACAAUGUAGAAAUCAAUAUUGGUCAGCAUGACAUUACAUUUAACUAUAACUUACAUUUCCUAUCCUGUAAGAUGAAACCAUCAGGUUACAAGCAUAUUUCUUAUAUUACACUAAUUUAUUAAAAACGUCAGUCUGUCAGUACAGUAAAGCAAAAAGUUUGGUCCUGUUGUAUUUAUUUACAUUUAUAUAUUUUAUAUAUUUAUAUAUGUUAGGUUACUGGUUUUCCAAAUCUCCCUUCCCCAGAGCCUGCUGAUUACCUUGAUUUGGUGUGUCAGCAGCUGGAUAAACCAGGUUAAGGUAAUCAGGAGGGAGAGUUGGAAAAGCAGUUGGAACUGCAGUUUGACACCCCUGCUGUAAGGAUUGUGGACAUAAUAACUCAGCCUAUUACUACGGUGGUCGGUAUAUGCAAAACACAAUGAGGCUGAAAACAGUAUAUUGACUUGCUUUCUGACUAAUCCGAAAUAAGCUGAUCCCUACCAUUUUUUU